AUGGCGUAUUGCUUGAGCAGUACCCUUAGAAAGAGGUUUCUCAAAAAAAAAAAAAGAGAAACGUCACCAAUACGAGAAUUGCAUGACAAAUCAGCACAAGAAGACGUUGAAAUAUCUUCCAACGAUUCAUCAACAUCAGCGCGAGAAGUACAAUGUAGAAUAGAAGAGAAGAAGCUUGAACUUGAAAAAUUGAACAAAAUCUUAGAUAAACGUGAUGCUCAGAAGAAACUAAAAUCAAGAACGAAUAGGAGAUUGUCAUUUAACGAAGAAUCCGAACGCUUUGAAAAUACGGCAAUGUUGGGUAACCGAAGUGAAGCGAAUUCUCCAGAUCAUGCGGUAGUUUCUACAAAAAACAUUCAAAGAGAAAGGUCGAGCGGAGGAUCUACUUGUAAAGAUUUUUUAAUUGAUCCAAAAACUUUAUACAAUGAUGUUGUUAAAGAAAGACACUCAGAACGUGCAGCGACUCUUCCUCGAUAUGAAUCAUUCCAGCACAUUAAUCAACUUGGAGAACAUAAUGCCUUAAUGAUAGACUUGAAGAUCAAAAAGAAACAGCAUCUACUCAUCAAGAUAAACUGCAUAAAGUAGGAACAUAUCUUGGGCAACAUGUUGGCAAUAUUCGAAGGCCUAUGUAUCUUGACACGGUGCAAAAAAAGAAAUAAACGGCCGAAAGUGAGAUCCAACGUGAUGUCGUACGAAGGCGUGGAUUUUAUUUUAAGAUAAACUUAUAAAUAAUGUAUGCGUUCGCUUUUUGCA